AUGAAAAAGAGCAUUUGUCACUCACACAAUACCCAGCAGCGCCCACUGCUUCUUCGAAGACCCUUACCUCCAAAGCUCCCUAAGUUACCUUUAUUAAAGAAGAAGGUCCGUGCAGUACGUACAGUUGUCGCUAGAGAACCCAAGGAGGCCUGUGGAAAGUUGGAGCCGGAUGAAAGCACUUUAGCGAAAAUAGAGCCCGAUGAAAGCACUUUAGCGAAAAUCGAUCAAGGUGUUUCUCAAGCACAAAGAUCUGCCACCACUCAAACCAUCUCUCUUAAUUAUGACCGUAAGGCACACGAAAGAGUGGUUAACAUUUUUCCACAUCCACGUGGCGUUCGCCGCCUUCAUUGGAAAGUCCCAAAGAGUGCUGCUAGUUCCAUGUUCAUUCCAAGAUGUCUAUCGGCGUCUUCCAGAGUUUUUAGGAAAACGCUAAGCCAAAUAAAAAAAGCCAGAAAGUCCUCUUUAAAAAAGGAAAGCAAAGAAGACGAGUCUCUCACUAAAAAGCCAUUUAGCAACACUCUAGUUCUUUCCAAGGAGUUUGCUAAGCCUUUACCCGCUUCUUACUCCAGGUUUAUAACUAAUAGGUUUAAGCCAUCAGGUACCCAGUUUCGCCCUGCACCAAAGAUUUCGAGCUAUGUUCAAGAGCUUCCUCUUAUCAGAGACGCAAAGGAAACAGCGCUCAGCCCCGCAUCUAGCGCUUCAUCUAUAAUACCAGAACCACAGUGGUCUGAACGGUCACACCCUAAGACAACCAUAAAUAAAGUGGUAUUGAACACAGGUUCACUUCCGCCAGCUCGUUCUCUGCCAACUCCUGUUUUGCCAAGAAAACCUCCAAGACAGGUUGUGAUCGAAAAUGCUGCAGUCACGCUGAGUCAAAAACCAGAAGGCCACAAACCACCUGAUACUCUUCCAAAAAGCACGAGAAAAGUAGACCCAAAUGCCCAUGUUUUACGAGGGGAAGGCUUUAAGACUGUUGCAGCAACACACUCUGAAACAUUCCUGGCGAUGACCACCCUGGCCGUAAUAAAUUGCCAAAUAUAUGGAAGAAAUGCACUUAAUCUUAAGGGAUUCUUUCUAGCGAACUGUCCAGACUUAUCAUCUGUGGCUUAUCAGUUGAUAUACCUUAAUUUAUCAUAUAAUGACUUAAACCAAUUUCCUAUAGAAGUACUUUAUCUUCAAAACCUACAAGUACUGAAAAUGAGAAAUAAUCCUAUCAGAUCAAUUCCUUCUGAAAUCCAGCUAUUGACAUACCUUAGGAUUUUCUCCAUUGCCUUUAACUAUAUUACAGAGCUUCCUAUUGGGUUAUUUUGCUUGAAUUAUCUUGAGGAGCUUGAUAUUUCCUACAAUGAAAUUGAAAAUAUUCCCAAUGAAAUCCAGAGACUCAGAUCACUUGAAAAACUGAUUGCUGACGGGAAUCCCAUAACAUCUUUUCCACCUGGGAUUCUGAAGCUUAACUUGGUCAAACUCCAAUUUGAAAAUACAUUCACUGUUCCUCAGUUUUGGUUAGAGAAUUGCUGGAACAACCCCCUACAACUUACUCAAAUUUGUUCUUUGUUCAUUGUUAAAAAUAAUCUACAUAAAGUAUUUGAUUGCACCCCAAUUGCAGUUCAAAAGCAUCUUAGAAGCACAUCUGACUGUGAUUGGUGCCACGGUCCCAGGUUUGGUGAAGGUUUCCGCAUCAUCCGAUCCUGUGAUAUCUUUGGAGUGUCACAUGUUCCUAUCAUGUUCCGAGUCUGCUCUCCUCCCUGCUAUCAGGAGAUCAGGGAAAGCAGUUUCGUUUUGGAAGGUUUUCCUAGUAGAAGAAUAGCUCUGAAUCAUGACUGGGUGAAAGAGAGCAAAGUCAGCAAUGUCUCGUUCUAUCUGUAA